AUAUUUGGAAAUUAUCAACGAUGGUUUUAGUGAUCUGUACAAAUUACGCCAAUCCAAAACAUAAUGAAAAAGCCGUUGAUCUUAAAGCGUCUAACAGUGAUAAAGAUACAUCGAUUCAAGUAGAUAAAGGUAAUACAGACGAUAACGUAGAUAAUGAAAUAAUUAACGGUAGGAAAGCAAAGCCUGUUCCCGUUACCAGAAAAUCAUCAGCUCAAGUUAUACACGAAAAACAGAUGAAGGAAAUCCACGACCUAAUGGUAAUUAGUUCUAAAACAACAGACUAUUUCUACGACGAAGCCGUAAGGAUCGAUACUUACCAGACAAUUAUUGAUGGUUUGAGAAAAAUGUUGAUUUAUUUAGACGAUCCCAAAAACAGUGCAGUCAAAAAGAUGGUGUUUGAUUGCUUCUUAAAGAUAAGGGCAACUAUCGUUCCAAAACUCGACCCGUUCUCGACACAUGUAGUUAACGACUUAAUAAUUGCUGAUGUCAAUAAUAGAUUUUAAGGUAUUAUUUAAACAAACUACUGCAUAAGAGUC